AUGGCACUGCAUGUGAAAUCAUCAGUGAGACCAUCAUCCCAGCAACAACAACAGCGGGCAUCGAAACAUGCGGCCACAACAGCCGCCCGCUGCCAGCCCCAGACUAUGGCCCUUCAGGGGAGAGACAUAGCACUUGCGGGCGUUGCGUGCUUUAUCGCCUGGGGUUACGCUGUAGAUUGGUUUCCCGCGCUCCGUUGGGCCGGCUAUGCAUUUGUCGGCGGUGUGCUCCUGACCGCAGCUGCCCUGCUCGCUCUCGUACUCCUCACCUCGCGCGGCCCCAGAUACCGCGAACUCCGGAAAACAGCCCGUCCACAUGCCGCCGCGCUUCUAGCUCCGGAUGCAUGGAAGACCGAGCUUGCCGCACUGCGACAGCGCCAGACCUAUACCAAGACAUCUCUCUGCCCCGAGUCCCCGAAGGUUUCGGCCGCCCUCGACGAGGUACUCGAAUACAUUAUCCGCGAUUUCAUACGAUCAUGGUACUCCCACAUCAGCACGAACCCGGUGUUCACGGAUGAGGUAGACAAGGCAAUACGAUGUGCGCUCUUUCGAGUUCACGACCGGCUGCAGCGGUUGGACCUCGCCGAAGUCCUGACUACGCGACUUGUUCCCAUCCUGACAGCCCACUUUCGGGAUUUCUACGACGCUGAGCGGGCUGUUAGGGGACGCAAGCUGAAUCGCUCCGUCACCGAGACGGAGGAGCUGGACUUGGCGGUUGCGUCAAAGUACAAGGAGGGCAAGCUGCAUCCGGCAGCGAGCCUCUCCUUCUCAGACACCAAGACGGCCCAGCAGGACUACCUGCGCCAAACAAUGUCCAGAAUCCUCCCCACCGUCUUGCCCGAGAAAUGGCUUGCUUCCAGGGCAGUGUCGAUACUUGUCCGGGAGAUUACGGCGUGUGCAGUCAUGUUCCCUGUGAUGCAGAUGUUGUCCGACCCGGAUACCUGGAACCAGCUAAUGGAGAACUACGGACGAACCAUGCUCCAGGAUCGCUCCACGGUCAGAAGACUCCGAGCCGCCCUAGAUCAACACGCCUCACCCACCCCAAAGACCAGGAAACCAGUAGCUUUUCCCCGUCUGACGCCUGCGGACAGCGAGAGGCGAUUCGAGAAGUUCAUCAGGGCCAUUAGGAAGGUCAACAACCUCUCAGACGCCAGACGCUUCCGCAGCGAAGUCGCCAGCCAACUCAUGAGGGACUCGCAACAGGACAACGUGGAUCAGGUCUACCUGCGCCGGUUGGAGAUGGGCAAACGGCUGCUGGAUCAAAGAGUCCAGCACUUGGCUGCUGGAGGAAGUCGGCGGGCUCCCCCACAGAGCACAGAAGUUACUCUACCGAGCGAAUCUCGCCUGGAGAAUGCCUCGCUCGCCGACCUGCUUCGGGAUCCAUCAACACUCUCUUACUUCAUGGAGUACAUGGACCGGCAGCGGCUCAUGCCCAUGGUUCAGUUCUGGCUUGUUGUGGAUGGCUUCCGCAACCCCCUCGAGGACGAUGGGCCGGAGGGUGAACAACUGCCGCUGCAGCUACCACCAUGGACCGAGUCCGACAGACUGGAUCUUGCCCAGAUUGAUGCCGCGUACCUUAGCAGACCCGAGCUAAAGGUUCCUGCCUCUUCGAAGCGCAUCAUCCAAGAAUUUCUCAAAGAAGGGAAACGAGCGACACCCGAGCAGUACUACAGAGCGCGAAGGGAGAUCUUACGAGCACAGAGCGCAGUACUGGAAGAAAUGCGCGAGAAGUAUCUGCCCAACUUCAAGAAGUCAGACUUGUACUUCAAGGCGCUCGCCGCCGAGGAGGCAUCCAAACGCACCGCGUUGUCUACUGCUGGCCCCAGAUCCGGGUCACCGCUCCCUCGAGCCGCCUCAUACAACGCCUCAAAGCCGACGCCCGUGGCACGCCUCGGGCCAAGGCUGCAGGCAGGCUUUGGUCAUCGACGCGCCGGAUCGGCGUCGGAUCUUAGAAGCCUUAAUCCUAAUGCGAACAAUGAAUCUGACCUCCGACGAUCCAUCGACGAGCCUCACUCGCCCCCUCCUUUAUUCGAUGACGAAGAGGCAGGAGAUGACAUGCUCGGUGAUUCUGUGGCCAGUCUCGACCAGGAUAUGAGCGCUGCGCCUCCAGUGCCCGACAAAAACGUCGUUCAGGCGAUGGAAAAGGCGUUGAAUAAUAUUCUUGAGGAAAGCCGCCCGCCAACAGCGGAGGAUCUAAGAGCAUCACUGUUUGGUGACGAUGAAACUGGAAGUGGCAUCUUUGCUCCACCCAACGGCGGCCUGAGGAAAGGAGGCUCGCCAGCGGCAACGCCAAGGUCGGGGAGGGGUUCGGUGGAUCUGACAAGACCAAGCGGGAACUCUCUCGAGGCGCCCAAGCCUGCCGAACCGCCUAAGUCAAACAGGGGAUCCUUCGAUGUCAGCCGGCCUGGCGAUCUCCCUCGCUCCAAUAGAGGUUCGCUGGAGGUUGACCGGUCAGCGAAAGGGCAAGAAAAGCCCAGUUUGGCAUCCCUAGGGUUGGUGAGCGCCGCCUCGCGCAUCGGCGUGUUUGUUGACGACGACCUCUUUGGCGACGAGGGCAGGUUCCUUUCCGACGAACUCUCUGAUCUGGAUGAUGACAGAGACGAUGACGACGCAGAUGCUGUUCAUCAGGCCGCUCCCGGUGAUCUUGGUCUAGCAGAAGCGAUCACGGCUCUGACUAACGACAUUGACAAGCUGGUCGCGCAAGAGGCAGUGGUGGAUUCGUUGCUGAAGAAGGCAGAGCUUACCAACAACACGGCCGAGCUGAGGAUCCUACGCAAGUCAAAAGCGAGUCUGCAGAGGGAAAUACGGCGGAAGGAAUUGCAGCGGCAGCAGUACGUCAUCCAGGAAAGCGACAACAGUCUUUACGGCCGCUCUACCAUCAAGAUCAAGUCCAUCCACGUCGGCCGCGAGGAGGACGGCAAGGAGUUCGCCCUCUACGCCAUCGAGGUCUCCCGAAACGCAGGCGAAAGGAUGCCCGCCGCCACAUGGAUUGUCACGCGCCGCUACAGCGAGUUCCUUGAGUUGCAUCAGAACCUCCGUUCGCGCUACCCCUCGGUGCGCAACCUCGACUUCCCCCGCCGGCGCGUCGUCAUGAAGCUGCAGACCGAGUUCCUCCAGAAACGGCGCGUGGCCCUUGAGAAAUACCUCAGCGAACUCCUCCUCCUUCCGGACGUCUGCCGCAGCCGCGACCUGCGUGCCUUCCUCUCGCAACGCGUCAUCAACCCGCAGGGGAUGACCUCAAACGGCGGCGCCGGCCCAACGGACCGCGACGACGCAACCAACGGCUACAAGAGGGACAUGAUCACCCGCCUGUACGACUCGGUCGCCGACGGCAUGGAGGAUAUAUUCGGCAGCAUCCCCGUGCUGGAUCAGCUUUCGCUGGCAGGCCAGAACCUGAUCGCCGCCGCGGCGAACCAACUCGGCCCCGCCGUCCCUUCGCUCGAGGAUGCUGCUGCUGCAUCGGCCGACGCGGCGGGCCUGAUGAGCGCCGCCGAGGCCGAGGCCGAGCUGAAUGCCUUUGAGAACAAGGAGGUCGAGCCGUUUGUCAAGCCCAUCUGCGAUAUUUUUCUCGAAGUUUUUGAGCUCAACCGCGGGAAUAAUUGGCUGCGCGGCCGGGCUGUAGUGGUAGUGCUGCACCAGCUACUAGGCGGCGCGAUUGAGCGGAAGCUGAGGGAGAAUGUGAAGGCGCUGGUGCAGGAGGAGGCGCUGCUGAGGUAUAUCGGGCUGCUGAAGCUCGGGCUGUGGCCCGGGGGUGAGUUGCCUAAGAGCAAGGUGUCGAGAACCCAGGCGGAGAAGGCCAGGACAAGGACUGAGGCUGGCUUGAUGAUGGCUACGCUGGUGCCGGAUCUUGUGGGCAGCGUGGUGGGACGGGUGAAUGCGCAGGCUGCGAGCCGGCGGGUGUUUGCUGCGUUUAAUAAUGCGAGGUUGAAUGCACACCUAGCGUUUACGCUGUUGGAUGAGGUCGUCGCUAUCUUGUUUGAGGAUUAG